CCCGCCGACGCGUCAAAGCCGCCGCCGCCGCUCUCUCUCCGCCAACUCUUCCGAUACGCGGACACAACGGACCGGCUGUUCGUGACGUUGGGCGCAGUCAUCGCCGCCGUCACCGGUUUCUCGUGGAAUCUGCUGACCAUCGCCUUCGGGGACGUCGUCGACGUCUUCGUGGACUACGAGCGCGCCCUCAACGCCAACCACACGUCGAACGCCACGCAAUCGGAGUUUCUCUCCGAAGUCUACUUCUUCUCGGCCGCGCUCUUCUGCCUGUGGGUCGUGAACUCCGUCUGCAACUAUCUCAUCAUGGUCCUCUUCCCGCUCGCCGCCAUCAACCAGAUCCGCAAGAUUAAGACGCUUUACUUCGCGUCUCUUCUCAAGCAAGACAUCGCGUGGUACGACACGAAGAGCGCUUCGGGAGACUUCGCGUCGCGCGUCACGGCAGAUCUGAAGCGCAUUGAAGACGGAAUGAACGAGAAGUUGGGUCUCGCGAUAUAUAACGCCGCGACGGCUGUCAUCGCAAUCGCCACGGCUUUCAUCUACGGCUGGAAACUCACGCUUAUCAUCAUCUCUCUGCUCCCGUUCCUCGCCUUCGGCACGUCCAUCAUGAAUAAGGUUCAGGCGACGUUCGCGCGCAAAGAGGUGGAGUCGUACGCGGCGGCCGGAAGUGUGGCUGAAGAGGUCAUUUCGGGCAUUCGGACGGUUCUGGCGUUCGGCGGACAGCAGAAGGAGUCCUCGCGCUACGAAAGCCAUUUGGUUCCGGCCAUGCGUUCGGGCGUUCGGCGCAACUUCAUGACCGGUCUCGGG